GCCCGCCCCCGCACAGUCCUCGGGCGCUCGCGAUGGGCGGGGGCGGAGCCGGCCGGCGCUGGCCCGCAGAGGCCGCGCCACAGCCGUUCGCGCGCGUUGCCCCGGCGCUCUUCCUCGGGAGCGCGCGCGCCGUGGGCGCCACUGAGCAGCUGACGCACGCGGGCGUCACCCUGUGCGUCAACGUCUCCCGCCAGCAGCCAGGCCCGAGCGCGCCCGGGGUCGCCGAGCUGCGCGUGCCCGUGUUCGACGACCCGGCUGAGGACCUGCUAGCGCACUUGGAGCCCACCUGCGCCGCGAUGGAGGCCGCCGUGCGUGCCGGCGGCGCCUGCCUCGUCUACUGCAAGAACGGCCGCAGCCGCUCCGCCGCCGUCUGCACCGCCUACCUGAUGCGGCACCGGGGCCUCAGUCUGCAGCGGGCAUUUCAGACGGUGAAGGACGCCCGUCCGGCAGCCCAACCCAAUCCGGGUUUCUGGUCUCAGCUCCAGAAGUACGAGCAGACCCUGCAGGCCCAGGCGCUGCUGCCGCGGGAGUCGGCCGGCCACCGCACGGGGGACCCACCACCCCUGUGAACCGCCCUGGCGUUGCCGCAGUCCUCGCAGCCGCACCACAGGCCCACGCCGCAGCUGAAGGGACAUGUGACCCUCAGUCUUCGCCGCUACGAUGACCACUCGCUUCUCCUCCCAGCCUCUUGCAGCAGCGCAGCUUGGCGGGGUCGCUUCCCCUUCCGGAUGGCAGUGCAGCCGUAUGGACCUGUGGCUCCCACCAGAGGCCAGUUCUGCCCACCACGCUUUGGUCAGAUAAGCCACAGGAGAGAAAGGUCGCGCAGGGACUAGAAGUUGGGAGAGCCAAGGACAAAUGAGGCCCAGCUGUGGACGUGGGGCUGUGGCGCGCCGGCAGCUGCCGCAGCCACCCAAACCUCAUCCCUGGCCCCUUCCCAGAGCUGAGCAAAGGAUCGAAGCUACUGCAGUUGGGCAGCGAGUGUCAGCCCCAUUUCCCACUUUACCUUGCCUGUUACAGCAACAUGGCAUGCCA